CUCGAGACACACCACCCUGAAGAACCUGCGAGAGAAGAGAGCCGCUGCUGCUGGGGAGUAAACGAUGCUUUCCUCUUUUUGGGAUUCAUUCGAAUUACGAAAUUGUGGAUUUAUACGUGUUUGUGGAAGAUAUUGAAUUCAAAAGGAUAUUAGGCUACACGGAAUUGAUACUUAAUCAUCAUUAAAGGGGAUAGAGGGUGAGACGGUGCCAUGACAGUUGACUUGUGAUUGCAUCUAGAAGAGCCUAGAAGCCAACAUUCACCUGCAUUACCGUCAUCUCUAAGUUGGAACAUUAUCAUCAUGAAGAAAAUGUCUAACACCCUCCCGCUCUGUCUGCUUACCAUUCUGCUGUUGUCCCAGAUCUGCUCCGGCAUCAAAUGGCUGGCCCUAUCACACACACCUGUGUCUUUACACAUCAACCAGACCCACCACUGCAAGCUGCUGCCGGGCCUGGUGUCUUCACAAGCCCAGCUGUGUCGGAGCAACCUGGAGCUCAUGCAGACCAUCAUCGCUGCAGCACGCGAGGUCAAGAAGACCUGCCAGAAGACCUUCGCUGACAUGCGCUGGAACUGUUCCUCUAUUGAUAUCCCCAGUGACUCCUCAAGGUAUCGACCGGACCUUGACAGAGGCACGAGGGAGUCAGCGUUCGUGUACGCCCUGUCCGCGGCAGCCAUCAGCCACACCAUCGCACGGGCGUGCACAUCGGGGGAUCUGCGGCUGUGUUCAUGUGGCCCCAUCCCAGGAGAGAUCCCUGAGCCAGGCUACCGCUGGGGCGGCUGUGCAGACAACCUGCACUACGGCCUGGUCAUGGGCUCCAAGUUCUCUGACGCCCCCAUGAAGAUGAAGAAGGCAGGCUCCCACGCCAACAAGCUGAUGCACCUGCACAACAGUGAAGUGGGGAGACAGGCCCUGAGGGAUGCGCUGGUGAUGAAAUGUAAGUGUCAUGGUGUGUCUGGCUCUUGCUCCAUACGGACCUGCUGGAGAGGCCUGCAGGACCUAAAGGAUAUCGCCAUGGACCUGAAGACCAAGUACCUGUCAGCCACCAAGGUGGUGCACAGACCCAUGGGUACGCGCAAGCAGCUGGUCCCCAAGGACAUUGACAUCAGGCCGGUCAGAGAGAACGAACUGGUCUACCUGCAGAGCUCACCGGACUUCUGUGCCAAGAACGACAAGCUGGGUUCCGUCGGCACCCAGGACAGGCAGUGCAACAAGACGUCCAUCGGCAGCGAUAGCUGCGACCUGAUGUGCUGUGGGCGAGGCUACAACCCCUACACAGAGAAGCUGGUGGAACGCUGCCACUGCAAGUACCACUGGUGCUGCUAUGUCACGUGUAAGAAGUGUGAGAGGAUUGUGGAGAGAUACGUCUGCAAAUGAGUCCAUGUUGUCUACUUCAUCCAUCCAGUCUCUGGGCUGGGGCCACAGAUAACCAAAGCACUACGUUUCCAAGAUGCCUUACUUUUGUCUUAAGCUUUAGCAUGUAUAUUUUGACAAGAAACAGUUCAUUUUUGUUCAUCAUUUUUUACUAAACCCUGACCCACAAGCAGGACUAAAAAGUUAAACAUUUUUACGAACGUGGACAAAUGGGUGUUGUGACAAUGCCUAUCGGUUUACGUGAAGACCACCGUCCUCAAGGGUUUUUUCUUUCCUUACACUUGCCAUACUUGGAUAUCAAAAGUCUAUUUUCAUAUACCUUUAUUAAAAUAAAUUAUAUUGGAUGUUUGUUUUUUUGUACUUCUGGUCACGCUCUGAUGUUGACGUUCACCGUUUCCACGGAAUUCAAAGGGUUCUGAAGGAUCCAUAUUUUUUAUUGCUCAAAUGAUACUCGUUUUUUCAAGAGAGAAAGACACGCAAAGAAAGAGAGGAAAAAGGUACAAAACACACAAAGGGAACUUCAAGUACUUUCAGUCAUGGAACUUUUUUAGUAACUGGUGUUGAACUGUGGACACUUCAACUCGAAUGGGGACUCGCCUGCAGACAGAAAGUUCUGUGUGCAUCCUCAGAAAAAGGAAAAAGAACUCCCAGUGUUAGAAACAGCACAUCAUCCCUAUAAUGUCUGACAUGCAGGUAGUCCAAAGCCUAACGCUCAGAGCAUGUGAACAGAACACAUCGGUCUCAUAUAAUCCUGUGUUAUUAUGAACCACUCUUGAGUGGAUGUACAUACUGUCUUUUUGUAUGCUGAAUUAAAUAAUUAAAUAUUUAUAAACUAAUUAAAGAAUCUUUACCAAACUCUUUAAAAAUUUCCCAAGAACGCACAUUAUCAUCAUCAUCAUGGUGAAAAACUUGUUGGUCAUUUAGAAAAAACUUGUCAAGAGAACUACAUAAUCUCACAAGCUGAUGUUUUUGGAAUAGACUAGCUAUAUUUCUUCCCCUCGAAGCAUUACUGUUUUAAUCUCCAAGUGUUAAGAAAAUAUACAUUUCACACAAUCAUCUGUGACGCUAUGAUAAAUGAACACACUUGUGAUGUGUUGUAGUGUUUCAUCUCAAGGCCAAUUGGGAUCAACCUCUCAAUUACAAAAUACCUGGGAAACUGUUUGUUUGGACAUUCCUCACUGUCACAAAGACCAUUGUAAGAAAGCUUUAAUUCUAUCACAGGUUUAGCCUAACGCUCAUAUGAAUUAGGUGAGAUCUUGGAAGUGGUUAAACCUCCAAUUAAAAAACGAAAUAAAUCUAAUUUAUUUGAAUACAAAGGGUUAGGUUGUAACUAAAAGGAACUCUGUAAGUCAGAAGUAUUACCCUCUGACCAAACCUUGUGUUGCCUUGUGGUUCUCAUGAUUCUUAACAGACACAAAUAGCUAGCGAGGGCUUGAAGCUAAGCAUCUUGGCCAAUGCUGUGCUCUGACACAUUGAGGCUUGAACCUGCACAAGCCGAACACAUGUACCACUAUUGACCUAGCCUGCCCAUGGGGGCACAGAUGCUGCCAACACAGCUACAGAAAUAUAGAACAGCAGGGGAAGUAUGUUUAAUAGAACGCAAUCAUUGUUACAUGAGCGUUUUGGAGGCCUUUUAUGAGCUCGGUUUGUGUUUGCAGCGGUCAAUAACUGCUAACAAAUUGGUUGAUAGGSAUGUUUUAACUGAUUAAAGUCAUUCUAUUUUAGGAAUUAUGAGAAAUGUACAGCGGAGUGGAUUCCAGAUACACUGGGCGCGUUUGAGUGGUAAGGCGAAAGUAGCCGACUGUAAGCGGAAGUUGACGAGUAAAGUCGGGGGAGGUACAAAUGCACCGACAGCAAGUCAGACAACUUCUGCUGUUUCUAGAAAACGUUACAAUGGGAGACAUGGCAAUCGCCUUUGUUAUUGUCGAUAAAGUUGAUGUUAUCAAAAUUACACUUCUACACAAAGCUAAACAUGAUCAACAUGUUCUAAGGAAUUCAUAUUUUGAUGAUAAGGAAAUAAGAUACCAUGCCAAGCUCUUUCUAACAUUCACAGGACUUGUUUUGUAUUUUUGUGAUGGUUUUCUCAAAAUAUUAGAAGGUAGUGAGUGCACAGGCUACUAGAAUGAGAACAUACAGAGCCCUCCGUAAUUAUUGGCACAGUGAAGCAUUUAGUCUUCUUUUGGCUCUGUACUACAGCACUUUAAAUUUGAAAUGAUAUGGCGAUGAGGUUAAAGUGCAGACUGUCAGCUUUCAUUUGAGGUUAUUUUCAUCCAUAUCGGGUGAACCGUUUAGGAAUGACAGCAAAGCUAUCAACCAGGCAAGGGGUGGAUACAUUGAAGUGUCUGAAAUAAUAUAAGACUUUUUUGGUUACUAUAUGAUUCCAUAUGUGUUAUUUCAUAGUUUUGAUGUCUUCACUAUUAUUCUACAAU